UUUACAUCGGCUGUUGUUGCUGUUAACGUCUAGGAACCGUCAGUCGGUGAAAAGUUUCUGGCCGGGGCUUUAUAAGUCCUGCACCUUCUCAUAGCUUCUGGGACCGGCGUGACUUUCCUUGAGAAGCUCAUAUGUGUGAGGAGACAUGCAGGUGGUGCGACAUGUGGUGUGCGCUAUGUCUGGCGGGGUGGACAGCGCUGUGUCUGCUCUCUUACUACGGAGGAGAGGGUAUCAGGUGACAGGAGUCUUCAUGAACAACUGGGAUGUGGUGGACGAGCACGGUAUGUGCACUGCAGAGAAGGAUUGCGAGGAUGCCUAUAGGGUCUGCCAGAAGCUGGAUAUUCCAUUCCACCAAGUGUCAUAUGUGAAGGAGUAUUGGCAUGACGUGUUUAGUUAUUUCCUAAAUGAAUAUGAAAAAGGACGGACCCCAAAUCCAGACAUAUUGUGCAACAAGCAUAUUAAGUUUAACCACUUCCUCAACUAUGCCAUUGAUAACUUAGGGGCUGAUGCCAUUGCCACUGGACAUUAUGCAAGAACAUCACAUGAGGAUGAUGAAAUAUUUCAGCACCAAUAUGUGAAGAGUCCUCAUACCCUCUUUAGGAACAGAUUUGAAAUAAGAAACAAUGUUAAGCUUCUUCAAGCUGCUGACUACUUCAAGGAUCAGACAUUUUUCCUCAGUCAGAUAUCACAAUAUGCCUUAAGGAAAACCCUAUUCCCGCUUGGAGAUUUGACAAAGGACUUUGUGAAGAAAAUUGCAGCAGAAGCCGGAUUUCAUCAUGUUUUAAAGAGAAAAGAGAGCAUGGGAAUUUGUUUUAUCGGGGAGAGAAAUUUUGAAAAAUUCAUUCUUGAGUAUUUAGAACCUCAACCUGGGAAGUUUGUUUCAAUUGAAGAUGGAAAAAUCUUGGGUACACACAAAGGUUGGUUUCUAUUUACCUUGGGCCAGAGGGCAAGAAUAGGUGGUCUACGUGAUCCGUGGUUUGUGGUUGAUAAAGAUGUUUCCAACGGGGACAUUUUUGUGGCACCUUGUACAGAUCACCCUGCCUUGUUUAGAGACUUACUGCGCACAGAUAGAAUGCAUUGGAUUUCAGAGGAGCCUCCUGCAGAGCUAGUGAAGAACAAGAUGAUGGAGUGUCAUUUUAGGUUUCAGCACCAGAUGGCACUAGUGCCAUGUGUACUAACCUUAAACCAGGAUGGCACAGUUUGGGCAACAUUAGUGAAACCAAUUCGAGCCCUUACACUUGGACAGUUUGCGGUUUUCUACAAAGGAGAGGAAUGCCUUGGAAGUGGUAAAAUUGUGAGGCUGGGACCUUCAAUGUACACAUUACAAAUGGGCCAAAAUAGAAUAAAAUCUGUGGCAAAUGUACAAACUGAGAGUGUUAAAGAUCUGGAUCCAUUAACAUGACUGCUGUAGUCUUCCCUGGCUUUUUAGAAGAAUUAAUUGAAACCUAAAAACAGCAAAUUACGAAAGAACUAAAGCACACAGUGUUUCUGCGGUAAUAACAGGGCACGUUCUGACAGAAUUUGACUGGCAUCCUACCUCUGAGGCCUUCUCUACACAAUAAUGGAUUGUUUUCCACAGACAAUCAUUCGACCUGAACAUCUUGGAGAGAAUAACUGUCCAAAGAUGAUUACAUAACAACAAUUAAAAAUUUUUUUAAUUUAAAACUGUUAAAACACUGGACAAUUGUAGUGCAAUAUAUAAUAUAUAUAA